AGUCGAGUCGCGACCGGCGCUGAGAGAGCGCGUCAAUACGCAGGACACAGCGCAGGCAUGCCCGAGAACCAGUCGGCGGAAUGGCGCGCCGCGUGAAAGCUGCGCCAUGUUGAAGCAUGCGCAGCGGCCGCCGGCGGCGAGCGAUGCCGACCACCGAUACCAAAACAUGCCGCGGCGGCCGCACCACCAUUUGCCCCUCAACGUCUCAACGCUAGAUUCCUCCAAACAUUCCGUCGGUGGAACCUCCGCCAGCGUCAGUCCUGGUGCCCAACCGUCAUCAAAUCCUGCACCUGUGCCAGUAGUACAACCGAUACCAGUAGUGUCACCACCGAAGAUUGCCAAUGGCAACGCUCCGGGAUCAUCAACAAGAGCAGCACCCGCUAGAGGGAGAAGCACGCGGGCGGCCACAGAAGAGGCUCUGACUUCUUUAGCGCUCCUAUGUUUAGUGAGCCUGCUUUUGGCAUUAUUAGCGCUCCUUUUUCUCCUGAAGAUAUCAGCGCCAGCUACCAGUGCUCCUGAGGAGUUUGCAGUGGUGUACGAAGUGACGUUAGCAUUGUGCGCGUUGACGCUCUCGUUGAACCUUUGCUGUCUUCUGGUUUGUGCAAUACAGUUUCUGUUCGCUGUAAAGUUGGUCCAUUCCCCUUCGGCACCGAACGGCCGAUCUAAUAAAUACCUUCAAAAGUCAGCGAUAACGAGAGUUUGUGCUGUAGGAGGGUUCUUCAUAUCCAUACCUGUAUUCUUAACAGGAAUAAUACUCUACACUUUUAUACAGUUCCACUCGACACCCGCAAUAGUCACUUCAAUAUUUAUUGGAGUAGGCAUAAUAUUCUGCGGCUGUGCAAUGGUCCACAACGUGUUUGUGUGGCAGAAAGAGAAAACGAAUCUAGUUAAAGCGCUCAGAAAGCAAGAAUUGAACACAACGAGCGGGACAACGAAUCUGAACACAUCGAACGGUGUCCUGUUAAACGGACAUUUGAAUAAUACGGGAGUGGGGAAUCUGAGCUUCCACAGCAUGGCUGGAGCGCCGUACACGCAUCCCAUUACGCUGUUGCAGCCAGGAGGACCGUAUAUUAUAAGACCGCCCACCAGCACCCCGCCGGGCGAGGGGGCGGUGACCCCCGGCGUGCCCCCCGCCACCGUGGACCUCAGCCACGACACGCACGAGCUCAGCACGCUCGUGUGACCCACACCUUACGAUACUAGUGACUUGUGACUCUAGCGCGUCUCAAGUCAAAAUGAAUAUCUGAAUGAUCUGUCAGUAGAUCAAAAAGUAUUUUGAUCUAUCCAAUCCUGAUUAGUAUGCUGAAAGAUCAACUAAAGCUUCAUUUUGAUAGAUCAACAAGAGCAGUUACCCGGUGAGUGACAGCUCUUAUUUGUGUUGCAGAAUCACCAAUUGUUGAUCUUCAAAAAUAUCUGUAUCAUAGACGAUAUUUAGAUUCAAUUAUAUCGAUAGGUAAUUAGUAUUACCAAUAUCAGCUCUUACUAGUGUUUCAAUUAAUACUAUCGAAAUAUUGAUA